AUGGCUGCUUCGCAUGUCGCCAUGUCAUGGGGUAAAGUGAAUGAGCAGCUCUGUGAUGAUAUUCUCAAGGAAGAGACCCUGCCCUACUGCAUCCACUGCCGCACCUAUGGUCAUCGCACCCUAGGUUGUCCUACUCAAUCAAAGCCUGUCCAGCCUUUUCGUCCCUUCUCAUCAUUCACAACCACUCCCUCACCCGACACCUUUGGCACAACCUCCAACAUUCCCCUUUCAUCCCGCACCAAGCACCUCCAGCAAGCAGCCAUCUGUCGCGACUUCAACUGUCGCACCUGGGCCACCCCAAUUGUCAGUUUAAGCAUAUCUGCAACAAACCAGACUGCGGAGGAAACCACCCUGGCUCUCAGUGCUCUAAAGUACCCCAAUUGCAAUUCCACCCCUCCAAUUUUAAACCCCCCUUCUACACCUGUUAACAUUACCAACCUCUCUACUGAACUCAAGCAUCAUCCCGACCAACAGUUUAUGACAAGCCUUCUACAAGCAACCUUUAAUGGAACUGUCACAUUGGCUAUACCGGCCCUCGCUUUGCUCGCAUAA